AAGCCAAUCAAACACCCCCCACCCCCGGCUCCCCAGGCCCGCGCGCAUUGCUGUCCAAUGAGACACGGCGCCUUCGCUUGGGGCGGGGCCUAGUGUGUGUUUGAAGAGAGGCGCGGGUUUCCGGAAGAUGGCGGUCCGUUCGCUGUGCCUUAGCCCGCGGCUUGCGAAGCAGUCCUCGAGUACUGAGUUUGGUGAUGGCGCUAAGGAAUUGACUGACGGACCUACUUUUUCUUUUGCGACCUCCACGGAGUGGGACACCCAGGUGGUGAAUGGGUCCUCACCGCUCGGCCCCGCCGGGUCGCGGGUGGAGGCGUCACCCGUGGACCUCAGGCUCCCGGCGUGGCUGCAGCCCGAGAGAUGUGCGGUGUUCCUAUGCGCGCGUUGCCAUGCUGUGCUCGCCGACACGGUGCACCUGGCCUGGGACCUGUCGAGGACCCUCGGGGCCGUGGCCUUCUCCAGAGUCUCACGUAACGUCGUUUUGGAGGCGCCCUUGCUGGUUGGCAUUGAAGGUUCCCUCAAAUGCAGUUCCUGUGAAGUUCCUGUUGGCUUCCAUCUCUAUUCCACCCAUGCUGCUCUGGCUGCCUUGAGAGGACACUUCUGCCUUUCCUGUGAUAAAAUGGUGUGCUAUCUCUUAAAAACAAAGGCCAUAGUAAAUGCAUCUGAGAUGGAUAUUCAUAAUACAUCUCUACCAGAAAAGAUUGCAGAGGACUGCUGCACUCAGGAACUCGAAGAAGCUGUGGUUGCCUGCCCAAGAGUAAGCCGGUCAGCAUUCCUGUGCGGAGAUGAAAGAGAAGAUAAUGCUAAUGCAUACUCGCUUAAAUUCACUGAUGAAGAUCCUGAAGGAAAUGAAUCAUGAUCAGUCCAAUCAAGAAAACUGAUCCAGAAGCAAGGCAGAAGUACAGGUUCAGAAUUUUUUGUCAUCUUCAGUAAUUUCUUUUUACUAUCUAUUUUUAAUUAUGUGUAUCUGUGUCUAUGUGAGUGUAUACCGCAUGUGUGCAGGUGCAUGUGGGGGCCUCCCCACUGCUCACUGGACACAGAGGGGCCCUGGGCACAUCGGAACAGAUGCUCCUGAAGAAGCAUCCUCACUUAUCUCCACACUGAAGAAUGCAGCGUCUUGAUUAACUUGCUUAA